CAUAUACCUCGUUCUGAUGGAGGGCACGAGGCUCCGAGGCUUAGCUGGCCGGCUAUUUCGCAAUCCAUUUGGGCUAGUCCGUGGGCGAAGGGAGUUUCUCGCGCCUUACUUUGAUGCGGUUCUGAACUACAAUUCAGCCUCAGCGAAGAUGUCGCCUUCCUAUCCCCCGUGAUAUGGUGAUCGUGGCCCUGCGUUGUUACCAGAAACACUACCAGUAGCUGCUGAUGGAUCCUCUGUCAAUUGCAGCAGGCUGCGUUGGCCUUCUGUCGAGCAUCGGAGCCUUGUCGAAGAACCUGGCUAGUUUCGUCACGUCAGCACGUCAAGCACGCAGAGAUGUUGAUGGGUUUUACAGAGAACUCUCUUCGCUUGGUCUGUGUAUUUCCACCCUCAAAGACGAGACAUUUCAAUUUCCAGCUACCCUCCAGAACCAGCUUCUUGGUGUUUUAUCUAAUUGUGGUUUGGUCAUUGAGGGUAUGACGAACAUCAUCGACAAACACAAGGCUGGCAAUCUUGGACGACAGAUACAAUGGUCGAUGAGCGACCGCGAUGAGGUUUGUCGGUUGCGUGAAAGACUUGAGGCGCAUAAAUCAGCGCUUGAGAUCACUCUUGAACUGGCAAGCUUGACCGUGGUUACUUCUAUCAAGGAUGACACCUCAGAGAUUAAAGCUGAAUUGGCGGCGCUCAGGAUACAGGUCAUGCAGCUAAGAGACGCCCAGAUCGAACCUAACCCUAUUCUGCAGCGAUAUUUGAAUGGGACGAUCGCAUAUACAGAGAGCGUGGUUGACCCUUUCGAACCUGCAUGGAAAGAUGAACACUCUGUCGUCGUCUGGGACGAAGAGCCAUCACUACCGGCACAUGAGGGUAUCCAGACAGAGGGAGAACUUGAGCACACAGAUCCACAGUCCGUGCUCGAAGCAGUUGAACCCUUCGGAGUUGCAUGGGAAGAUGAACACUCUGUCGUCGCCCGGGACGAAGAGCCAUCACUGCCGGCACAGGAGGGAAUUCAGGCAGAGGAAGGUCUUGAGCAUCCAGACCCGCAGUCCGUGAUGGAAACUCCAGUUGAAGGGAAACACGGACGUGCGAUAGAUACAUCGCAACCAGGAACCGGUGAAUCGGCUCAGACCCACAAAUACAUUGAUUCAUCCUUCGAUGGGACGUCGGCACCGGCGAAUUACACCCCUUUGGUUGAUAGCGCUGUCGUGUGCAGGAGCCAAACAAGGCAAACACGCAGAAAACUCGAUUACGAGCUCUAUCUUUGCCUACAACGGACCCCUUGGGACCUAGGCAAAAUAUGUGAUCUUAUCAAUCUAGGGGCUCGUUUGUCGAAGGGGCGUAUAGAUUUCGGUCGUCACAAAUUUUUCUCGAAUCUAGACAGGACGAGACUUUUCCUAGACCAUGGACACAGCAUACCAGACCAAGAAACCGCUCUUCUCAAAUAUUUGCAAACGAGUUGUUCACCAGAUAAAGAUCUCACAGAAUUCCUUCUGAGCAAAGCCGACAUUCACAAAACCGUCACGAAAACCAUGAUUAAGCGGUACGCGUGGAAUCAAACUGCAGGCGAUACGGUUUGCCAUAUAGCUGCAGCAAGACCGGCUUGCUGGUGGCUGAUACCUUUAUUGGGCGAAAAGGGACUGAAGGUCAACGAAAGGAAUGCUGAAGGCAAAACACCAUUGGAUGUUGCCCUUGAUGUCGGUCUGCUAGAGCCAGAACAUUUCCCGUCGCAAGGAAACAUGUCGGUCUUGCUAGCUCUUCGAAAGCUUGGAGCAGAGUCUACCUACGAUAAGAAUCAGCUCCGUCAAAAAGCAUUUGAGACCAUGAUGGUGAGUCUCUGCAAGUACCGCGAUGCGAAGAGCUCGCUCGCUGGGAAGGUCGCUCUCUUCCACAACAUGACCAUCAGGACCGCGAGUUGUGGCUGCAAGAUUGGAAAUUGCGCCCACUCUCGGUUCCUUUUUCCAUGUGCGGCGUGGAGGCGUGACUGUUACCUGGAAAAUCUGGACCUUUUUACUGCGUAUGAGUCCGAUGUGGUUGGAGUGGUAUUCGGCAAUAUUUGGUGA